UCCAGACUGGUUGAACUUACAUUAAAAGUCGCCUGGGAAUCUGACCUGGAUCUGGUACAUGGACAACUGUAUGGACUGACUUACCAGUCUUGAUCGUUACAAAGGUGACCCCUCACUGAAGCUCGUGUUUCCUCCCGAAAAUUUAAUUUCUCAAGGAAAGAAAUAAAUAAAGGGGGACCUUUCCUUUUCCAACCAUAUACUAAUUUACAUGCAUAAAAUUCAUAAAAACCAACAAAGGCGAGCAAGUGUAACCCCAAAUCGAAGCUCGACUCACUCCUCUCACGCUGACCUAAAAUUAAAACCCCCAAAAUUAUAUAUUUCUUUUUUUUUAUUCCGCUUCACACCAAAAACCAGAGGCUCUUCAUCUUCUCCAGCUUCAGCUUCAACUUUCUUCUCCUUCUUCAUCUUCGUCUUCUCCACACCAGCUAUGAAAAUGCACAAUGGAACUGUUUGCAUCUGAAAUGAGAGUUUGAACUUCAAUUGUGUUGAGCUAGAGCACUGCAAAUUGUGCUUUUCAAUCAAGCUUUGAUUGGUUGGUUGUUAAGAUGAGCCGGCCGAGUACUCGGAGUAAAAAUAAGCGAAAUAAGCAAGGGGAUGAUGGUGACACAUCUGAUACAUUGAGGAAAAUACACGCGACGGGUGAAAUAACCGAUGAGGAUAUAAGAACACUGUAUAAAAUUUCAAAGCCGGUUUGUCAGAGUUGUCGUGUGAAUACUAAGGACAACCCGAACUGCUUUUGUGGUCUGAUUCCACCUUCUACAGGCACUCGGAAAGCUGGCCUGUGGCAGAAGCCAGCUGAGUUCUUGCAAAACCUUGGCCCCGACCCUUCUCAGGAUCUUCGUGCUUCCGAUGACUGUCCUGCAGGCCUCACAAAUCUAGGGGCAACUUGCUAUGUCAACAGCAUACUUCAAUGCUUGUACAUGAACAAGCCCUUCCGAGAAGGCAUUUUCUUGGUUGAACCUGAAGUCUUGGAACAGCAACCAGUGUUGAAUCAACUUUCACGGCUGUUUGCACAAUUACAUCUCAGUAAAAUGGCUUUCAUAGACUCAUCCCCAUUUGUCAAAACUCUGGAGUUGGAUAAUGGAGUUCAACAGGACAGUCAUGAAUUUCUGACGUUAUUGUUGUCUUUGUUGGAACGUUGUCUAAGCCACUCUAAAGUUUUGAAGGCAAAAUCCAUUGUUCAAGAUCUUUUUCGUGGAAGUGUGUCACAUGUUACGAGGUGCGCAAGAUGUGGAAAAGACUCGGAGGCUUCUUCAAAGAUGGAAGACUUUUAUGAAUUGGAGUUGAAUGUGAAGGGUUUGAAAAGUUUGGAUGAAAGUUUAGAUGAUUAUCUUAGUGUUGAAAAGCUUCAGGGAGACAAUCAGUAUUUCUGUGAGUCGUGUAAAACAAGGGUCGAUGCUACUCGAAGCAUCAAGUUGCGCACAUUGCCUACUUUUCUGAAUUUUCAGCUGAAGCGAUAUGUUUUCCUUCCGAAGACGACAACAAGGAAGAAGAUUACAUCUCCAUUCAUUUUUCCUGGAGUACUUGAUAUGAGGCAGCGGCUAUCUGAGCCUUCUCAAAUUGAAUCAAUUUAUGAUUUGUCGGCUGUGCUAAUACACAAGGGAACUGCAGUUAACAGUGGCCACUAUGUAGCACAUAUCAAGGAUGAGAAGACCGGGAAGUGGUGGGAAUUUGACGAUGAGCAUGUCACAUACUUAGGUACUCACCCGUUUGGCGAAGAGACUUCUGGUUCCAAUAGCAGGCCUGAAAAACCUGAACCAGUUAAUCCAUCUUGCUCAGGACAAAAUGGUGUUUCCAAUGGUGAUAACAUGGAAAUUGAUUACCAACAACCUACUACAUCUAGUAGUGACAUGGGGAAAUUUACAUCAAGUGAUGCGUAUAUGCUGAUGUAUACUCUCAGGCCCUCCCAGAAAGAUGACAGCAAAGCUCAUGCUGAAUGCAUUUCCAACAACAGGAAGAUAGAUGCUGAUAGUGUUUCUGGUUCUCUUCCUUAUAAUAUCUGUGAAGAGAUUAAAAGCAGUAAUGCAUUAUAUCUUGAUUCUUGCCAACAAUACACACUUAAGAGAGAUGAAGAGAUGAAUCAUCUCAAAGAACGGAAACAGGAAGUGCGUUCAAUUUUGUCUGAAGCUCCCGUUCGGUCACUUGAGGAACCUUUCUUCUGGGUUUCGACAGAUUGGCUUCGUCAAUGGGCUGACAGCAUUACUCCACCUAUUCUUGACAAUACCACCAUCCAGUGUGUGCAUGGAAAAGUUCCAGCAUCAAAGGUUGGCUGCAUGAAGCGGUUGUCUGCUGAAGCUUGGACAAAAUUGUUCUCUAAGUACAAAGGGGGCCCAACUCUGACCAAUGAUGACGCCUGCACGACUUGCCUUACUGAUGGGGCUCGAGAUGUGGUCUCCGCUGACAGCUAUAGGGAUAGGAGAAUAUUAAUGAAGCAAGUUGCUGAGGAUGCCAUUGCAGGGAGGUGCUCAGAUGGAACAUACUAUGUUUCUAGAUCAUGGUUGCAGCAGUGGCUUAAAAGAAAAAUCCUUGAUGCUCCAUCUGAAGCUGAUGCAGGACCAUCAGUUUCAAUCAGGUGUCCUCAUGGGCAGCUUUUGCCAGAACAAGCCAGUGGCGCUAAGAGAGUGCUUGUUCCUGAGAUACUCUGGCUCUUUCUUUAUGAAGAUGCUUUAACAGUUAAACCUGCCGAGGACCUGGGGUGUUUAACUUUUCCAUCAGACUCUCUACAGUGUUCUGAGUGCAGUGAUGAACUAUCUGAAGUUGCAUGCAUGGAGGAUUCUUUAAGAUUGGUGAGGGAAAAACAGCGUCAAACUCAUGAUAAAUUAGCUGCCGGGAAAAGUAUUCCACUUUCUCUGCAUUGCAAGUAUAACUUGAUACCUUAUACUUGGCUUGCAAGAUGGAGAACCUAUGUUAACGCUAACGGAAGGAAUCUUUCUUCAGUAGAGAAACCAGAAACCUUAGAUGGCAUCAUGGAUUCGGUUAAGUGUGAAAAGCACGCACGACUUCAAGAAAGGCCUGUUGAUCUGGUCUGUAAACGCGGUUUAAUUUCGCAGAAGACUACCCCUGUGGAUGGGUUAAUAUUCAUUACUGAGAGUGAUUGGAAAUCCUUCUGUGAGGAAUGGGGUGGUAUUGAGGAGAAAGGUGUAUCUGCUGAAAUCAAGUUGAGUAAUACUGAAAGAAAUCACGUGGCAGGGUCCUGUGAUGAUAUGCAAAUCUGUGAGGAGGACCUCGGUACUUUAAAUCUUCUGAAUAGUGAAGUUGAUUCUAGAUCUCUUGUGAUCAGGACUUGCCCUGAGAUUUGCGAGGAUUGCAUUGGAGAGAAAGAAAGCAGGGAGCUGAUGCGAAAGCUGGAGUACUGCAAUGAGGAUAUAUACGUAUACUUGGUGCAUGGAAAGGAAGCUCCAAAAUAUAUUCUACAAGCAUCUGAGACUAGUUUUGAUCCGGAUCGUAGAGUUUCCAAGCGCUCUCGAAAGACAAACACUGGAGAUCAAAUAAGUUUGAAAGUCUCUGGUUCUACCUCGAUAUACCAGUUAAAGAUGAUGAUAUGGGAAUCUUUUGGGGUUGUUAAGGAAAACCAGAUACUUCACAAAGGUACCCAUACAAUUGACAGUGAAUGUGCUACCCUAGCAGAUUUGAACAUAUUCCCUGGGGAUAAGCUUUGGGUGACUGAUUCGGAGAUCCAUGAGAACCGGGAUAUUGCUGAUGAGCUUUCUGACCAGAAAAUGGAUGUUCAACACAGUGAAGAGGGUUUCCGAGGGACACUUUUGACGGCAAAUAUUUCAUCCCAAGUUGUUUAAGAGGCAUGUUUUAGCUAGUUAAAUGUCAGAAUAGGGGAUUUUGUAAAUUUGACUGAGGGGAGGUCUUGAAUUUUUAAUCUUCAGACGGCAUGUUGGAAGACCUGCAUUUUUAGAAGCAGUUCUUGAACCUAGUAUUGGUGAGCUGCCUGCACCUAGGAAGGCUGGUUCAAUGUGUAAAGUAGAUUGUCCUAGCCCUCCCCCUCCUCCCCAGUGAAAGGAAUUCAAGACAUUGCCGUUGUUGGCUCAUGUAUCUUCUGGUCUGAGUGUUGUUCUAUCUAGUACUGGUCAUUUGUCUGUUCAUAAGAUGUUAGCGUGCCUUUUUUCCGAAUGUACAUGUUGUGAAAAAAUGUUUUCUGAGUGCGAAGUAAUUACUCAUGCGGUU